AUGUACUCCUCUACUAUUCCGAAACACGUCCAUUCAGAAUUCCGAGUCGACUCUCCAACGCUUGCCGAAUUCGGCAAUAGGUCCGGCGGAGUAGCGAGUACCAUCAAUAAUUCUGUCUUGAAUAACGGUCAACCAGCAAUUCCAAAUGCCGGUACCCCCUAUUCGAAUUUGAUGAAUUUGAACAGCCAAUAUGCUUCUAACUCAAACAUAUUCCAAACUGACCAGCUUGGUAAAACAAUUGAUGAGGAGAGCUUCAAGUUCACCCCGAGGUGUUUGACCCCGCUAAAUUUCGAUAUCAACCAAUCCUCGCAACAAAUGGGUAAUCUCUUGAACGCCACAGCUAGUGACAAUUUGGGUCUUGUCAAUGAAUCGAUGUAUGGUUCGAUGUUUGUCACUCAAAAGAAGGACCCCAUCCAAAGGGGUCUUGACUAUGAUGCUGGAUUGCAAAUGUUGGGCUCGAAUCAGCAAGAACAACCAGAACUCCAACAACAGGAGGGUUAUAAGGAACCUCUAACUGGCUUCCGAAAGAAUAUACACUAUACCACACUGAGUAGUCCUAUGGAUUCUAACAGUUCUUUAUCGCCAUAUCAAAGAAAUAGUUUGCUAAGUACUGAAGAUUACAUUAAUGCACAGCAAACCAUUGACACUAAUCAAAGUGAUAUAACUUAUUCAAACUCAGGAUCAGAUAUUUAUAAUAAUAAUGCAACUAGUACUAUUGGUGAAUUAGGUGAGAUUUAUAAAGACCGCAUCUUAUCGAACUUAUCUGACAUGGAUCUGUUUGUUGGCGACUUAAAAGAUAAUUACAAUGCAGCAUUACCAAUGCCACUACUACCUUCACAGACAUUUGAUUUUAGAUUUAGAGAUAACAACGAAGAUAACAUUAAUUAUGCAAACAAUAUCAUCAACAACAGUAACGAGGGCAACCAUUACAGUAAUGACAAUAAUAACAAUGAUACUAACAGUGAUAACAAUAAUGAGAACAAUAAUGAUAACAACAACAACAACGACAAUAACGAAAGUAGUAAUAAUAACAAUAAUAUUAACAAUGGUCAAUACCCGGAUGGCAAUGAUGAAGGUGCCUAUUAUGAUGGCGAAUAUACCAAGAGCCCAAUUGUUGGUAACAAGCGCUCUAAAUCAGUCGCUGUCUCCUUGUCUCCAAACACGGUGGGCGAAGAAGACAACUGUCUGAACAGAAACCCAAGAAAAAGAAGAAAUACUGUUGUAGUACCGCCAUCUACACGUGUGAUGCGCAAACGUACUAAGAAGGCUGCAGAAGAAGAAGAACUACAUGGAGCUAGCGGGGAAGAAGAAGGAAGUGUAGGUUUCCACGAUAAUCACCAUCAUCACAGCCACUCUCAUCACUCGGAUAAGCAAUUCAAGUGUACCCAAUGUUCUAGUUCUUUUACUAGGAAAACCAGAUUAACUGAACACAUGAACAGGGUCCACCUGGGGAAAGUGUACCAUUUUGAGUGUGAGCAGUGUGGUACCAGGUUGUCAUCAAAGGAAAACCUUACUAGACAUUCAAUUGUCCAUACAGACAAAUUCAAAUGUCAUGGUUGCGAUAGACGAUUCGAUAGAAGCUACAGAUACCUGAGACACAUUGAAAAAUGUAGUAGACUACACUGA